ACCCUGGCGAGGACUCGCGGCGGCGGCGCGCACGGCCCAGGGGCUGGGCUGGGCGGGGCGAGAGGCUGGGCUUCACCCCCGCUAGCUGCGGUGGAGGUCCAGCUCCGCAUCUCUGAGACUAGCGUUUCCGACCCGGCCUGGAACAGGGGAGACUGGACCCGACCGAACUGGAGGAAGGGACCAAACCUCGGUGAACUCUGCGACCCUCUCCCGAACACUCUUUCUCGCUGCUGCCGGCGGUUCCAGCCUGCAAACUCAGACGGGGCUGCCUGGAUCCAGUCCCCAGCAGGAGAACCGACCUGGGGAAAAAGCGGAGGCACCCAAAGGGCAGGAGCAGUGCCGCUUGGAGACUCUUUGUGAUUCCAAGGACACCCUUUUCUCCACCUGCUCCUCCUCCUCUGACUCGGAACCUGAAGGCUUUUUCUUAGGCGAGCGCCUUCCCCUGUCCUGGAAAAUCCCCGGAAGCCUCCAAGCAGAGGACAGCAACGCCUCUAAGAAGCACUGCACCAUGUGCUAGUGGCGCAGCUCAGAGAGAGGGUGUGAGUGGGAGGAAAGGGGUCUGUAAAGCGGGAGAACAAGGCUAGCCUCCCCUAACAAUCCUAGGCUGAGACGCAGUCAGGCGCACGCCCGCGAGAGGCGGCGAGGUGACAAGUUUGGAGCGCGCCCCCUUCAGCACAGCGCGUUAGGACUUUUGGUGGAGACUUUCUUGGCAAAACCCAUUCCCCAAAGCUACGCUUCCCCUGCGGAGAUAGCCCCUACCCCCACCUCCACAGGCUGGGACAGCCCCGUCCCCACCAUCCUCCUCCCGAGCCAAUUAAAUGAUCACAGCACGCGUGACGGUUACCGGCUGGAGAGCCGGAGGUGGGACCGGGAGCAGGGGACCGUAGAGCCGGGCCGCGCUCCUCCCCUCCUAGAGUUCGUGGACGCGCAGCAGGGGGCCGUCCCUCUUCCGGAUGUCGGACUAAGCGAACAGCGCUCCCCUGCCGGUUGGUAGCAGCCGGAAGUGCCAAAGCGGAGGUGCGUCAUUCACCCGCGACGCUGAUACGGUUCCUCCACCGCGGCCCAUGCGAAGGUUCCUACUAUGGCUUCCAGCGGGGUCCCGGUGAGUGCUGCUGGCUCGGCUAAUGAAACUCCGGAAAUACCGGACAACGUGGGAGAUUGGCUUCGGGGCGUCUACCGCUUUGCCACAGAUAGGAAUGACUUCCGGAGGAACUUGAUACUAAAUUUGGGACUCUUUGCUGCGGGAGUUUGGCUGGCCAGGAACUUGAGUGACAUUGACCUCAUGGCACCUCAGCCAGGGGUGUAGCCAAGUAGACAAAUGGAAUCCUGUGCUGAACCCGAAUCUUCCAAAAAACAGCCUACAAUCUGUGACCACCACAAGAUGUGCCCUGAUGGCAGCUGAAGUUUGAUUCAGAUGGGCACUUUUCUUCCCUCUCCCUGCCUAGUUUCCUUUUGUUCCUUGAGUCCACGCAGAAUUCCAUUCUCUGGUGAGCAGACAGGCUUAAGCUAAAGUAUGGCCUCUGUUCUAUAAAGUUCUGUACAUAGUUCCCAAGCUUCUGCAGGGGGUGAUCUUUGCUCUUGUACUGAGAAAUAACAGUGCUGUUUUAACAAACAUUUGAAAUAAAUACCGCACACAAAGGCA